AUGCGUAUGAAAGUCGAAUCUUUCCGUCCCGGCUACCCCCGUUGGUCCGCACUCGUUGCCUCGCACCACUCUUUUGCCGUCUUCCGGAGAUUCCACAGACUCCGGAUGCGUCUCCUCCUCCUGAAGCAAGAUCAGCUCGCAGUAAAAGAUGCCCGGCUCAGGGAGAUUGACGAGGCCGAGAAAUGGAACAUUUGUCUCGCGAGAAGUCGAUCGGACUCAAACGCUGAGCGAAUUACGCUUCUUGAAGACACGGAGCGCCUGAUGAUGAGUUACGAUGCUUUGUUGGAAAAGACCGCUCGCGCCAUGGCCUAUAACUCAGCAUCCCCUCGGGCAGUGGCAAGUCUGCAGAACUGGGUCAACGGUAACAGAUGCAUUACUAGAGAAGAAACAGCCUUCCUCCAUCAUCUCGACGACCUGAUCGAGAUUUGCCCCACAAGUGAUGAUAUCUUUGUCAAGCUGGAGUCCUGGGUCGAGGACGGCCUUCUCCACUUCUACAAGGGGUUCCGCCAGCUCAUGACACCGUGGCAGCGACCGGGCUUCGAUGUAUCCGUCGACCCGCAUGUGCAUAUCUACUCAGGGUCCCUCAUUCGGCGGCUUGCCCGUAUGGUCUUCGUGCUCCUAACAACUUCACUCCUCACUGUGCCCAUCGUAGCGUGCAAUUCAGUCGGCGGCACGGCAGCUCGGAUUGCGAUUAUCAUUGCCAGCAAUGUGCUCAUUCAGGCCGUUUUCGGCAGCAUGGCCAAGUCGAAGAUGCUUGAACUGUUUGUUGCUGGAGCAACGUGA